CACAGCCGCCGCCGCCACAGCAGCAGCAGCCGCCGCCCCAACGCCGCCGCCGCCGCGCCCGGAGGAGGAGCCGCUGCCGCCGCGGGAGGGAGUUGCGGCUGUGCCCGGCCGAGCGGGGGAGGGCGCCGAGCUCAGAGCCGGGAAGGGAGCCGUCGGAGCGGGAAGCUCAGAGGCCGCGCUGCGCCGGGGUGAGGUGGCUUUGACCCCGGGUUGCCCGGCCAGCGCGACCGAGGAGGUGGCUGGACAGCUGGAGAAUGAACGGAGAAGCAGACUGUCCCACAGACCUGGAAAUGGCCGCUCCCAAAGGCCAAGACCGCUGGUCCCAGGAAGAUAUGCUGACUCUGCUGGAGUGCAUGAAGAACAACCUUCCAUCCAACGAUAGCUCCAAGUUCAAAACCACAGAGUCGCAUAUGGACUGGGAAAAGGUGGCGUUUAAGGACUUUUCGGGAGACAUGUGCAAGCUCAAAUGGGUGGAGAUCUCUAAUGAGGUGAGGAAGUUCCGUACACUGACGGAAUUGAUUCUUGAUGCUCAGGAACAUGUUAAAAAUCCUUACAAAGGCAAAAAACUCAAGAAACACCCAGAUUUCCCAAAGAAGCCUCUCACACCUUAUUUCCGCUUCUUCAUGGAGAAGCGGGCCAAAUAUGCGAAACUUCACCCCGAGAUGAGCAACCUGGACCUGACCAAGAUUCUAUCUAAGAAAUACAAGGAGCUUCCAGAAAAGAAGAAGAUGAAAUAUAUUCAGGACUUCCAGAGGGAGAAACAGGAGUUCGAGCGAAACCUGGCCCGAUUCAGGGAGGAUCACCCUGACCUUAUCCAGAAUGCCAAGAAGUCGGACAUCCCCGAGAAGCCCAAAACUCCCCAGCAACUGUGGUAUACCCAUGAGAAGAAGGUGUAUCUCAAAGUGCGGCCGGAUGCCACUACGAAGGAGGUGAAGGACUCCCUGGGGAAGCAGUGGUCUCAGCUCUCGGACAAAAAGAGGCUGAAAUGGAUUCAUAAGGCCCUGGAGCAGCGGAAGGAGUACGAGGAGAUUAUGCGUGAUUAUAUACAGAAGCACCCCGAGCUUAACAUCAGCGAGGAAGGAAUCACCAAAUCUACCCUCACCAAGGCCGAACGCCAGCUCAAGGACAAGUUUGAUGGGCGACCCACCAAGCCACCUCCGAACAGCUACUCCUUGUACUGUGCAGAGCUCAUGGCCAACAUGAAGGAUGUGCCCAGCACAGAGCGCAUGGUGCUAUGCAGCCAGCAGUGGAAGCUGCUCUCCCAGAAGGAAAAGGAUGCCUAUCAUAAGAAGUGCGACCAGAAAAAGAAAGAUUAUGAGGUAGAACUGCUGCGGUUCCUGGAGAGCUUGCCCGAGGAGGAGCAGCAGCGGGUCCUCGGGGAGGAAAAGAUGUUGAACAUCAAUAAGAAGCAGACCACCAGUCCAGCCUCCAAGAAGCCUUCUCAGGAAGGUGGCAAGGGCGGCUCUGAAAAGCCCAAGCGGCCUGUGUCUGCCAUGUUCAUUUUCUCAGAGGAGAAGCGACGGCAGCUACAGGAGGAGCGGCCUGAGCUCUCAGAAAGCGAGCUUACCCGCCUGCUGGCCCGCAUGUGGAACGACUUGUCAGAGAAGAAGAAGGCUAAAUAUAAGGCCCGAGAGGCUGCACUGAAGGCACAGUCUGAGAGGAAGCCAGGUGGAGAGCGUGAAGAGCGGGGCAAGCUGCCUGAGUCACCCAAGAGAGCUGAGGAAAUCUGGCAGCAGAGUGUCAUCGGAGAUUAUCUGGCUCGCUUCAAGAAUGACCGGGUGAAAGCCUUGAAGGCCAUGGAGAUGACUUGGAACAACAUGGAAAAGAAGGAGAAGCUGAUGUGGAUUAAAAAGGCAGCAGAAGACCAAAAACGAUAUGAGAGGGAGUUAAGUGAGAUGCGGGCCCCUCCAGCUGCUCCGAACUCUUCCAAGAAGAUGAAGUUCCAGGGGGAGCCCAAGAAACCUCCCAUGAACGGUUACCAGAAGUUCUCCCAGGAGCUGCUGUCCAACGGGGAGCUGAAUCACCUGCCACUGAAGGACCGCAUGGUAGAGAUCGGCAGCCGCUGGCAGCGCAUCUCCCAGAGCCAGAAGGAACACUAUAAAAAACUGGCUGAGGAGCAGCAAAAACAGUACAAGGUGCACUUGGACCUCUGGGUCAAGAGCCUGUCUCCCCAGGACCGUGCAGCAUACAAAGAGUACAUCUCCAAUAAACGUAAGAACAUGACUAAGCUUCGAGGCCCAAAUCCUAAGUCCAGCCGGACCACCCUGCAGUCUAAGUCGGAGUCGGAGGAUGAGGAGGACGAGGAGGAGGAUGACGACGAUGACGAGGAGGAAGAGGAAGAUGAUGAGAAUGGGGACUCCUCUGAGGAUGGAGGGGAUUCUUCUGAGUCUAGCAGCGAAGAUGAGAGCGAGGAUGGAGAUGAGAACGAGGAUGAUGAUGAGGACGAGGAUGACGACGAGGAUGACGAUGAGGAUGAAGACAAUGAGUCUGAGGGCAGCAGCUCCAGCUCUUCCUCUUCAGGGGACUCCUCAGACUCUGAUUCCAACUAAGGCUCACCCCUACCCUGGGCAGGCAGCCAAGGAGAGCCACUGCAGAGCUCCCUCCCCAACUGACCACCUUUGUCUCUUCCUGUGUUCUGUCCCCUGUCCCCUCAGCCUCCCCCACUUUCUUUCUUUCUUCCUUUUUUUUUUUUUUUUUUUUUAAAUCAGUGGGGGUAGGAGGCUGCACGAGCCCAGGCUAGGACUCUGCAGUCUUGGAGCCAUCAGCUCCAGGGGUUCUCCAGGGACAGCAACCAUCAGACUGAGCCAGCAUUGGACCGACCCACCCCACCCCUUUUCUGCACUUGCAGAGCUGACAUGGACAAUGGACCAGGGAGUUUGGGGGUGGGAGUGUGUCCUGAAGAGUUCGGUGAGGCCUCCACACCUGCAGCCUGCACCAAGGUGGAUGUUCAGGGGAGUCUUUCCUUCCCAGAGGGGCUUGCCGCCUGGACUCCCACAUUGAACUGGAGGGAGAGAAGGGUGCUGCCUUCAAGAAAGCGGGCGGCCAUGUCCCUCUCCCCUGCCCCUGCAGGAAGGAGCUGCCUGGACCCGUUCAUGGGGGAGGGGCAGAGUGUUUUUUAUAUAUGUGUAUAUAUUUUUUUUU